GAUGGAUGUGGGCUGAAGGCACUGGGUUCAGUGGGGAGAACAGCCUGGCAUCACCCAUUUGCUUGUCCCCUGCUUGUCCCCACUGACCCUUCGUAGCACCACAGAAUGACUGAGGUUGGGAAGAGCACUGUGGCCGCCAGUCUGACCAGCAACCCAUGCCCACCAUACUGCAGGGGGUGGUGGGAAAGUGAAAUACUGGGGCUCUGUGCCAUCAAUCUGGCCAGCGUGCUCUCCUUGCUUUUCUUCUCACUCAUCAUGCUCACGGUGCAUGGACUUUCAUGGGCUGAGCGCCCCAAGAACACAUUUCAGGGCAGCGGGAUCUUCCCCAGGAACAACCUUUAGGGCAGUGGGAGCUCGGUGGGCUGAGCGCCCCCAGGAAUAAUCCUUAGGACCAGGUCUGAGCUGCACCCACAGGAGUGUGAUUCACAGCCGAGUGCUGCCCCACGCCUGGCGCACCAGACCUCAUCUGCUCGCUGUCACGGGGCUCAGUGCCGUGACGCAGAGGAGUGGUGGUGACUCACCUGCAGAAAGAGGAACAGCAAGGAGUGUCAGCGGCGUUCCGAGGCGUGGAGCUCCGUCCAGGACCGGCUUUCCUUGCAGGGUGAAGGUGCUGUGUGUCGCUGCUCCGUGGACCGGGCACAGCGCCUGGGACAGCAGGGAAGAACGAGGACCCUGCAGAUGUGAGAUGCCUGGCGGUGACCCCGCGGGGCAGUCAGCCCCUCACUGCUGGCAUUGCAGCCCGUCACCCCGUGCCUCUCCCAGCCUCACGUCUCAUGGCCCCGACAGCUGUGAGCUGCAGGCAGGAGAUGAGAAAGCAAGUUCCUGCCAAAACCACACGGUGCUGUGACGGCCUCAUGUGGCACUGGGGCACCGCUGUGCUCCGUGGGGGGGGGGGGGGGACCAGGCCAGAGCUUUGGCUCAGCCUCAUUUCUUUGUGGCCCCAUUUGGUUUCUUCUCUGCAGGUGACAUCAGGAGCAGACAGCAGUUCCUGAUGCGCUGACAGCCAAUCAUGUCCAGGAAGCACUGGCCUGCGGGGACGCAGUGCGUCACCAAGCACGACCACACCAAGCCCAAGGCUGGCGAGCUGGCCUUCCACAAGGGAGAUGUGAUCACCAUCAUCGAGGCCGUGGAGGGCAGGAACUGGUACCGCGCACGGCACAACGAGAGCGGGCAGGAGGGGCUGCUGGCGGCUGGAGCGCUGCGGGAGCGCGGGGCCAUCCGUGCUGACCACAAGCUCAGCCUCAUGCCCUGGUUCCACGGGAAGAUCUCGGGGGUGGAGGCGGUGCAGGAGCUGCAGCCCCCCGAGGACGGGCUGUUCCUGGUGCGUGAGUCGGUCCGGCACCCUGGUGACUACGUGCUGUGCGUGAGCUUUGGCAAGGAGGUGAUCCACUACCGGGUGCUGCACCAGGAGAACAGGCUGAGCAUCGACAGCGAGCAGUACUUCUGCAACCUCAUCGACAUGAUCGAGCACUACACGGAGCAGCAAGGAGCCCUCUGCACCAAGCUGGUGAAGCCCAAAGCCAAGAGCGGGAUGAAGUCAGCCGAGGAGGAGUUGGCCAAAGCCGGCUGGCUGCUCAACCUGCAGCACCUCACGCUGGGAGAACGCAUCGGGCAAGGCGAGUUUGGAGAUGUCCUGCAGGGCGAGUACAUGGGGCAGAAGGUGGCUGUGAAGAACGUCAAGUGUGAUGUGACCGCCCAGGCCUUCCUCGCCGAGACCGCUGCCAUGACGAAGGUCCGACACAAGAACCUGGUGCGUCUGCUCGGCGUCAUCCUGCACAACGGCCUCUACAUCGUCAUGGAGUUCAUGAGCAAGGGCAACCUGGUCAACUUCCUGCGCACGCGGGGCCGCGCGCUCGUCUCACUGCCACAGCUCCUGCAGUUCUCUCUGGACGUGGCCCAGGGCAUGGACUACCUGGAGUCCAAGAAGCUGGUGCACAGGGACCUGGCCGCCCGCAACAUCCUCAUCUCCGAGGACAAAGUGGCCAAAGUGAGCGAUUUUGGCCUGGCCAGGGUCAACCCCCGCGGUGCGGACACCACGCUGCUGCCCGUGAAGUGGACGGCUCCCGAGGCCCUGAAACACAAUAAAUUCUCCUCCAAAUCGGAUGUGUGGAGCUACGGGAUCCUCCUGUGGGAGGUGUUCUCCUUUGGCCGAGCGCCCUACCCCAAGCUGAGCCUGAAGGAGGUGACGGAGCAGCUGGAGCAGGGGUACCGCAUGGAGCCCCCCGAGGGCUGCCCGCCCACUGUGUACGCACUGAUGAGGAGCUGCUGGGAGAUGGAGCCGGGCAAAAGGCCGUCCUUCAAGAAGCUCACAGAGAAGCUGCAGAAAGAGCUGAAGCACCUGAAGGAUGUUUAACCUACGUUCCACACCCAAGGAGCCCCCAGAACCCACAGGAGGAGCCCCCAAGUUGGGGAGCAGUGUGAAAACGGGCAGCCUGGAGGCUGCUCCCUCCUGGUGAAGAUGGGGCAGUGGCUCUGCAGGGUGCCUCCUCCCCUGCACGCACACAGAGGAUGCAAUGUCCACCCUCCAUCUCCCAGGAGGAUGCAGUGGACAGAUGAAUCCCUCCGUCCCCGUAGGGCCCAGCCAUGCCUGGGGACACCAGGAGCACGAGGUCCCUCUGAGCCCCCUCUCCUUUCCCAGUGGUGGGGACAACACGGGAUGUCCCACCCCUAUGGAAGACAACACCCCACUGCUGGCACAGCCCUAUGCCUGCGCUGCAUGGACACACCAACCGCACUCAGCUCAGCCACACGGGUUUGGGCCUCUUGAUUAAACCACAGAAAUUCGC